CAUAGUCCCCUGCGUCAAGACUCCAAUACAAAAGAUGGAGGUCCCUCCCCCUCGACGCACGAGACUCGCAUAAAUAGAGCGCUCUCCCGCUCCUCAGCACACCGCAGCUCACCGCCUCGCAAAGAGCACAUCGCCACUCUCCUAAAAGCACAACUACUCGCUAAAGACAUGACUCCAAGAAUCACUCCUGAGACUACCCAGCUUUUCCCCUCAAGGUCCACCGUGGCCCAGAGGAAAGAAGCGAACGAACUGAGAAAGGUAAGAGAAACCAAGAGUCAAAUGUGUUUAUCAUCAACUCGCUAUACUGUAGCUUUCGUUCAAUGCUAUACCCUUUUCGAGUUACUAAUGGCUGUUUUAUCGCUUCUUUCAGACUCUAAAGCCUUUGUUAGAAAAGAAAAGGCGCGCACGUAUCAACGACAGCCUCGGUCACUUGAAGACUCUCAUCCUCCCUCUGGUCGGCAAAGACAACGCUCCAUACUCAAAGCUUGAGAAAGCCAAUAUUCUGGAGAUGACCGUCCGAUUCCUCAGAGAUCUCCCUUCAUCCCCAGUCAAAAGUGAGUAUUAUUUCAGAAAGCUAAUUAUAUCAUGUUUUAUAUGUUUACUGUAUUGUAUUUAUACGUUUUAUGAUUGCCAUUGGGUCAUUAAACUAAACUUUCACCUAUUUUUUUCCCAGGUUCAUCAGACAGCUACAAAGAAGGGUACAAAGCCUGCCUGCAUCGCGUCACCGCUCUGAUCCCCAAAACGAACCUGGACAAGGACGCGUGCCAGAGGGUGAACGACUUCAUCCAACAGUCCAUGUCUGCGUCCGUCGACCCAGCUUGUCAGAACUGUUGCGCCCAGAGCUCCAGGGCUUUCCCCCAGAUUCAGCAGAGACUCCUGAGCCUCAAAGCCAACGUUGGCUCCAGAAUCGAGAGCCACACGAACUCGCUUCCCAACCGGCCCCAGCCAGUGCCACAAGCUGUCAAUGCUAACAUGUGGAGACCCUGGUAG